CCAUCCGAUCUUGUGGGCCUCCUGCUUCAGUCAGCCACUGGCAUUUCGAACGAACUCCACGAGCGGAAAACAAAGAGAAAGACGGUGGUGGUUCAGAGCUACCGCAACGAUUACGUCGGAAUAUUCUGGGUGUUUUAUUUUUUGGAGAUUUAACAUAGAAAGUGAGAGUGUGUUUGAGUGCGUGCAUGUCUGUAUGUAUAUUCGCGCUCCGACCAUGGAUUCUGCACCAACGCAACCGGCCAUGACGUAAUUCCCCGAGGAAUUGUCGACGAGGAAAGGAAGAACAAACAUAGUGUAAAAGGAUUAGGAGAAUCGAAGGAGGAUGGCGAAACGCAUCAACAAGAAUCAUUACGUGGCGUCGCAACGGCACAGCGAAUCCCCGACGCCCGUCCAUCACGCACCCAGAAGCGUUUACUCGGAUGGAGAGGAGAGCCAGAGGGCUCCAUCGGAGAGGACACUCUCAGAAUAUACCUCAGUUCCUUAUUCAGUAGUGAACGAGAGGAGGAAUCACCCACCACCGAGAGCCCCGUCGGCUCUGAGCAGAGGCAGCGGUUACGACAAUGGAUCAGACAUUUACGUGACGAGCGGUGCUUACAAAGCGCCUUCGGAAAUCAGCCGAAGCUCGAGGACGAGAGGAGCCCCACCGAGCCACUACUCCUACAGGAGCGGAAGAGCACCAUCGGUGACGUCGACGGUGAAGACCAGGAACUCGAGGAAAGCCGGAGUUAUGGUUGAAACGAUGGCUGCUCCGAACCCAUUCUGUCCCAACAUCAAAGGAAUGUGCUGCUUGAUGCUCCUCCUCAACUUGGGCAUCAUCUUAAUCACAUUGGGUUUCGUCAUCGUCAUCCAAUUCCAAGAUCCGGUCUACGUCUGGGUUCUUGGCAUAGUCUUCUUAAUCUUCGGAUUCUUAACACUCAUCGGAAGCUUGAUCUAUUGCGUGGUAGUUUGCAGAGAGGUGAAACAUCCGGACGAUGUUCAUCCGGAAGAUCUGUACUGGACUCACCACUGGCAGAAGAACAUAGGCUCGCCUGAAAUCCACUACAAAGCCGAGGAAAAGUAUGCGGAUGAUAGAUACAGCGAUAGGUAUUCUGUCAGCAAACUAUCUGGAAAGUACUCGGAUCGCAACGGACGCUAUUAAUACAUUUUUUUCUUCUAAUCGAUUGAACUUGUAAAUAAUCUCUGUUUACGUUAUACAUUCUCUACAAUUCCCUCUCUCCUAAUAAUGACCUAACUGCAUUAAUACGUUUACUAUAUACAAUUUUUAUAUUCGUCGUACGAUCUGUGCAAUUCUUCACCAAUUUUGUUUCGUAAUAAUCUCCGAUCCCUGUAUUCUUAUUUAUUUUUAUUGUUUUAAUAAUGACAUUAAAGUUAAUAAUUUUUUUUAUU